AUUUUACUGCUGGAAAUCCGCGAAAGUGAGAUUCUGAGAUUAAAACUGAAUCGAACCGCAAAAAGAAAAAGGGGGAAAAACGAAGGUGAAAAUAUCCAGAUCUCUUCCCUCUCUCUCUGUAAAGAUCCCACCUUUUUCUCCCAUCUCCGAUCACCGCCGCCGCCGCCGCCGUCUCCUACCGCCGUCUCCGCGACUCUGGAAUCAGCGCUGAUUUGAAGUCUCUGCAGUUUCGUUGCAUAUGGAAGCUAAAUCCUGGAGAUCUGUAAGAUAAUUCGGAAACUGUAGUAAAAGAAAUGGCACCUACAAGCAAGGCAGACAGGAAGGCAGCAGCGGAUACAGCUGCAUGGUUGUUCAAUGUAGUGACGUCUGUUGGAAUCAUCAUGGUCAAUAAAGCCUUAAUGGCUACAUAUGGCUUCAGUUUCGCUACAACACUAACUGGUCUUCAUUUUGCCACUACAACUGUCAUGACUGCUGCACUUAGAUGGUUCGGAUACAUUCAGCCCUCCCAUUUACCACUACCUGAACUUAUGAAGUUUGCCGUCUUUGCAAACUUGUCAAUUGUUGGAAUGAAUGUGAGUUUGAUGUGGAAUUCUGUGGGAUUUUACCAGAUAGCAAAGUUGUGUAUAAUACCAGUAUCGUGUCUUUUGGAAGUUAUGUUCGAUAAGAUUCGUUAUUCCCGGGACACAAAGCUCAGCAUACUGGUGGUCCUUAUAGGCGUCGCAGUAUGCACUGUCACUGAUGUAAGCCUCAAUGCAAGAGGUCUGAUUGCAGCUGCAAUAGCAGUUUGGAGCACUGCUUUGCAACAAUAUUAUGUUCAUUCUCUUCAAAGGAAGUAUUCACUUAGUUCGUUUAGUCUAUUGGGCCACACUGCUCCAGUCCAGGCAGCGUCUCUUCUUAUAUUUGGGCCUUUUCUGGAUUUCUGGUUGACUAACCAAAGAGUGGACAAAUUCGACUACAAUGUAACUUCAGUUUUCUUCAUUCUACUAUCAUGCAUCAUAGCUAUCGGAACCAACCUUAGUCAAUUCAUCUGCAUCGGCAGAUUCACUGCCGUUUCUUUCCAAGUCCUUGGUCACAUGAAGACCAUCCUUGUCCUCGUUCUAGGGUUCUUCUUGUUUGGGAGGGCAGGCAUGAAUAUCCAUGUAGUCGUUGGCAUGAUCUUGGCUGUCGUAGGAAUGAUUUGGUAUGGAAAUGCAUCCUCCAAGCCUGGAGGAAAGGAGCGCCGAAGCUAUUCAUUACCCACUGACAGAAGCCAGAGACAUGGACUGGCGUCAGAAUCUAGCCACCUUGAUGAGAAAUAAAAUAAAACAUUCUAAUUUCUUCGCCUUUUCUAUAGUAUUUAUUAUUUUCUCAUUUUUUUGAAGUAAUUUAUUGUUUAUUUCCACGCCGAUAUUCCCAGUUGAUGAGAGGAGUUGUAGACUCAUACAAUUAGACAGAAAUUAUAAAGACUAUUAAGUUUCAGAUUGUGUAUAAAUUGAAUGAAGUCCUCACUGGUCUUAUUGCUGAGUGAAAAAUGAGAAAAGAGGGUGUGCUGUUUGAUCUC